AUGACUGAGAAGAAUAAGGAAUCUGAGACUAUAACUAAACCGACCUAUUCUGCUGUCACGGCCCCGAGGCCUGCAAGAAAACCGGAUCUUCCGGCGCACAAGUUUUUUGCCCUAAAACCGGUGAAGCAAGGUGACGUUUUUGCGCUAAACAUACCAUCUGAUCUUUAUCAGCAACAGGUCGCCACUUUCCAGCACUCUGUUAUUGGCAGAUUAAUGUUACGUAAAGGAGAUAAACCACGGCCUUCGUUGGAGUUAAAACAGGAAUUACAAGAACUUUGGCAAAUUUCGGGAAGCUGGCACCUCAUACCCAUGAGUAAGGGAUUUUACACUUGUAAGUUCAACUCUGCUGAAGACAAAGCUAAGGCGAAGUCUCAUACGGUGUGGGACUUAUCUACUGGAUCUAUGAGAUUGAGAGAUUGGGUGAAGAAUUUCGAUCCUUAUCGUGAGAUUUCUUCCCUUUGUCAAGUCUGGGUUCGUAUUUAUAAUUUACCGGUGGAGUGUUGGCAUCCGGAAAUAAUUACGGGGAUAGGACGACACCUUGGAUUGCUUAUUCGGGUUGAUAACGCUUCGGCAGUUGGAGAAUUUGGUCAUUUCGCGAGGAUUUUAAUUGAAAUUGAUCUUAGGCUACCGCUUAUAGAGACUCUGCUAAUAAAUUGCGAUGAUGGGCCUUUCUAUGUGGAGUUUGGAUAUGAAAAACUUCCUCUGUUUUGCAACAAGUGCAAGAUUACCGGCCAUUCCGUGGAGAAAUGUAAAAAGAUGGAUAAGAGAGUUGGAGAUCGGCAGCAUGGAGCUAAGGCGGUUGAGAAUAACAAGCCUUCGGAGAUUGUGGAAAAGCCUUCCAAGAGUUGGAAGCCUAGAGCGGUGGAAAAUAUACACACUUCUGGAAAUUCUUUCGAAGCUCUGAAUUUGGAAGAUGGGGAGGUCCAUUCUGAGGAUUCUGAGGAGGAGUUUUCGGAAGAGGAAGAGCAGAAUAUGCAGGAGGAGGAAUUCAGAGGUCCAGACCUUCUAAAUCAGGUCCUCGUCCCUUGCAAUAUGGUAGCUGAGGAGAGUUCACCGAAAGUGCGAGAUACUCAACCCAAUAACCAGCAGGUCCUUGUCCCUUGCAUUACGGUAACUGAGGAGAUUUCACCGAACGUGCGAGAUACUCAGCCCAAUAAUCAGCAGGUGCUUACUAAGGAAGACACAAGGAUACAGAAAAUGGAUGCGGUGAUCCAGGAUAAUAGAGUGGCUCAGGAAGUGCUUAACCCGAUGGCGGAGGCUCUUGUUACUGAAAAAAAAAGAGGUCGUCCUACGGGAAAAGCCGUGAAAAAACAUGUGAAUAUGGAUGAAAGCAUCAAGGGAAGAUUGCGGAGAACGGAACAGUUGAAGCAAGCUUCAAAAUCUGAAGAAUAUAUAAACAAAAAGCUUGAGACUGCUAUUGAUAUGGGCCAUAAGCCGACUGGUUAUGCUAUUUUACCUAGCAACAAUUCCAAGGCUAGAACUAUGGAUAAUGUUGCUGCGAAAAGUUGGGCUGCUGAAGCUGUCAUUUUGGACUGUUCUUGGAGUAACGUGGAUUUUAAGUUUGCUAUUGUGCAUGGGGCCAGCACGCAUAUUGACAGACGACACCUGUGGAUUGAUUUACUUGAUCAUAUUCAGGGUCCUACGGUUUUCAUGGGAGAUUUCAACGCGGUGAAAGGCGCUCAUGAGCGCAACAGUGCUUGUCUUCCUAGUGUGAUGACUUGUCAAGAGUUCUGCAAUUUUAUUGAGGCUACGGGUUUUAUUGAACCGCCGGCUGUCGGGUUAAGAUUCACGUGGUCUGGUCGUCGCUUUAUGCCGACCCAUGUGGAAUCCAAAAUUGAUCGUGGCUUGUUCUCUGAGGAGUUUUCGAACCUUUGGGACUCUACUUAUACUCAGGCUCUUCCGAGAAUUACUUCUGACCAUUCACCGCUUCUUCUGAGGCUUAGGAAUGUUCUGAAAGAUUGGAAUAAAAGUGUCUUUGGCAGAGUUGAGAGGAUGAUGGACGAUAGUCAAAGAGAGCUGAUGGAGGUGCAGAAUCAGAUUGCUAUUCAUGGGUAUACGGAGGCUCUGUUUGACAGGGAAGUGGAGAUUCAAGCUAGGAUUAAUGUGGCUCUUUCUAGGAAGAGCAGUCUGUUGCAGCAGAAAAGCAGAGUGAAGUGGCUUAAGGAUGGUGAUCAAAACACUAAUUUCUUUCACACAAUGCUUAAGUACAAGAAGAAGCCUUACCUGAUCUCUCAUCUCUCUAUUGAGGAUAGUAUGGUCUAUGAUCAGAAUAUUAUUAGCAAUCAUAUUGUGGAUUAUUUCUCGAAACUUUUCCAGGAAGAACAUCAUGAUGAUCUGGAGAUGGCUGCAAUUGAGGGGGUUAUUGAUCCGGUGGUGGAUGACGUUCAUAAUGGGUUGCUCAUUAGAGUGCCUAAUGAAGACGAGAUCACUGCUGUGGUUUUCGGUAUGGAGGCGAGCAGUUCGCCCGGCCCGGAUGGUUUUACGGGGAAGUUUUUCCAAACUUGUUGGAGCGUGAUUAAAACUGAUGUUUGGUGUGCCGUUCAAACGUUUUUUAGAAAAUCCUAUCUUCCCACUGGCUGCAAUGCUAGCGUCAUGGUGCUUUUACCUAAAAAGGAGGUGGUCAAUUCGGUGAUGGAUCUCCGCCCUGUUGUCCUUUCUAACUUCUUUUAUAAGAUCAUUCCCAAGAUCUUAGCCACUCGUCUUAGUAUAGUGGCGGCAAAGUAUGUAACGAAGAACCAGUUUGGGUUCAUUAGUGGUCGCUCGAUUCACGACUGCAUCAUGCUUGGAUCGGAGGGAAUUAAUUGCAUGAAAAGGACUUCUGGUGGCCAAAAUAUGGCGUGCAAAAUUGACAUAAAAAAGGCUUUCGAUACCCUCAGGUGGGAUUUUCUCUUGGCUGUUCUGAGAGUUGGCGGCUUUGCUCAUCAGUUUAUUUCUUGGGUUGAGAUUCUACUUCGUUCGGCUAGACUUUCCAUCAGAUAUAAUGGUGGUAAUCAUGGGUACUUUGCGUGUUCUAGAGGGGUGAGGCAGGGAGAUCCUUUGUCUCCUAUCUUGUUUGGCAUUGCAGAAGAUGUUCUGAGUAUGCUGUUUCACAAUUGUGUGACUUCCGGUCACCUUACGCCUAUGAAGAUGGUUCGGGGCUGCCUUUUUCCCACUCAUCUUCGUUAUGCCGACGAUAUCCUUGUCUUUUGUAGGGCUUCCGUGGAGAAUGCGAAAACCAUCAGGAAUAUUUUGGACUUCUAUGGGGGUAUGUCUGGUCAAAUUUAUAGUCCUGAGAAAUCCAACAUCUUCUUCUCUGAUAAAAUUUCUUCUGGUUUGCGUCGUGAGAUUGAAAGGGAGAUCAAUUUCAGGAGAGAUUCCCUUCCUUUCACGUAUUUGGGUGUCCCCCUUUUCUUUGGGCGCAUUCGUGCUUCAUACCUCAGGAGUAUUCAUGACCGGAUUGUCCAGAAGUUCUCUAAAUGGAGGGGUCGUCACCUGUCCAUGGCUGGAAGAGUUUGCCUGGUGACGUCGGUCAUUCAAAGUUGUCUCACGCACUCUAUGAUGAUUUACAGAUGGCCGAAGUCGGUCAUCAAAGAGUUCGAUGCCAAAUGCAGAAAUUUCAUUUGGUCGGGGGAUGCUGAUAAACGACAUGCUUGCACUGUUGCUUGGGCCAGGAUGUGUGCGACUAAGGAGGAGGGUGGCCUUGGGAUUCGCUCUUUUUCUACUAUGAAUAAAAGCUUUCUCAUGAAACGAGCUUGGAGCGUUAUUAAGGGGCAAGAUUUUGGGUUUGACAUCAUGAGGGCUCGUUAUCUUAAAGCGUUUGGUUUUCCAAAAGUGGUUGUCACUCCUUCCUCCGUUUGGAUGGGGCUCAGAAGUGAAAUUUUGCCACUUAUUAGGAAUUCUUUUUGUGCUAUUGGGAAGGGAGAUUUCACCAAUUUCUGGACGGAUGAUUGGCUUGGAUACAAGAUUGCAGAGAAAUGCAGGGUUCCUGGCUAUAUGCACAAUUUUUUGACCAACUCUGUGGCAGAUUUCUACUUUGAGGGAAUAUGGCACUUCACUCAAUCUUUUUUGGACAAUUUUCCAGAUGUUGUUUGUGAUAUUCUUCUUUUGCCGGUGGGAGAGAGCGAGGAUGUUCGUUAUUGGAAACCGUCUUUGCAUGGGAAUGUCACCUCCGCUUUAGCGUUUUCACAUCAUUGCCAUAGUUUUCCUCGCGUUAGCUGGGGUAAGUGGAUUUGGGAGAGUAAUAUUCCGUCUCGAAGAUCUUUGGUUUGUUGGCGCAUUCUUCAUAACAGGAUGCCUACGUUUGAUAGGCUUAUUAAACAUGGUCUCAUAAUGUCGAAUCACUGUGUUUUCUGCUUCAAUGAUUUCGAAUCGAUGGAUCAUAUUUUCUGGCAGUGUGCUCGAAUUAAACAAGUUUGGCGUGAUUUCUUGGGUUGGUUUGAUCAAACUUUGGAUUUGGAUGCGCCGGAUAUUCAUAGCCUUUUAGUUUCUGCUUGGAACAAAAAGUUUAGCUCUCAAGUCGAGUGUUUUUGGAAGGCAGGGAUUCUUACUCUGAUAUGGGUCAUCUGGACUCACAGAAAUAAAUGUAUUUUUGAAGACAAGAUUUUUAAUCCUAAGAGUAUCCUUGUUUUUAUCAAAUCUUCUUUUACAGAGUUGGAUAAUAAUUUCAAAAGUCUUGGCCACAUGAGUAACACUUGCUCGGAUCUGAUUAUUCUUCGAAAGAUUGGUGUUAGGCCACGGGUGGCUCCCCCGCCUACUUUUGUUAAUGUUUAUUGGUGGCCUUCGACCACUAACUGGAUUAAGGUAAAUACUGAUGGGUCCGCUUCUGGAGCGUCGGGGCAAAUUGCGGCAGGAGGUGUUUUUCGAGACGCUUGUUGUUCGGUCAAAGGUUGUUUCCAUAUCAAAGGGGGUCUCGGUUAUGCCUUCGAAGCGGAGCUUCUCAGGGUUAUUACUACCGUGCAAAUUGCUAACGCUCGAGGUUGGAAUCGUUUGUGGAUUGAAUCGGACUCUACCUACAUUGUGAGGCUGCUGCAUUCUAGAUCUGCGACAGUGCCUUGGAGAUUUGCCGCCUUGUGGGAUAUGGUUUUGGAUACUCUUAAGAGUUUUCAUGAGCAGCGAGUUUUGGUCAUAGAUACGCUGCUACUUGCUCUUCUAAGAGCGUUGUCAUUGCUAUUUCGAGUGGUGAUGGCUGGGUUUGGUCUUUUCGGGGGAAUGGAGGUCGAGCCUCCUGUUUUUUGGGUUGCUUUGCUUUCACUUGGCUGUUGGGGGUUUUGUUUUGCUGCGGAUUUCAUUACUGCUGGUUGGUUUUGGUGGGCUGAUCUCGGGCUCUUUUUCAGUUCUUGG